UGUCAACAGCGUGCUGUGACUCUGCUUCGUUCUCAAUUCUUCUCGAUUAUGUUCGCGUGAACAUCGCAGAUUUCAAUCUCUGAACGUUGAAAAGGUGCUGUGUUUAGUUUAGCGCAGCAACAUUUCCUCGACAUGGUGUACGUGAUUAUCUUGUCGGUAGUAGCCGGCGUUUUGGGCAUUUACUACUUCCUCUUCAAAGACCUCGACUUCUUCCGGAAAAAUGGUAUACCGCAUCUGAAACCUUUACCGUUGGUCGGCAACUUGGGGCCGUGGUUCUUGGGUCUGCAGUCGGUGGCCGACCUCAUGAAAAAGCUGUACGACAAGAAUCACGAGGCUAAGUACAUCGGUUUUUACGACAUGACCAGACCGGUGGUGAUGUUACGCGACAUCGAGCUCAUCAAGUCGAUCGCUCUCAAGAACUUCGAACUGUUCCCGGAUCAUAGCGUCUUCGUCCGCGAGGAUCAAGACCCGUUCUUCUCCAGAAACCUGUUCUCUCUUCAGGGCGACAGGUGGCGGGAAGUGCGUGCCAUACUGAGCCCCGCUUUCACGUCCAGUAAGAUGAAGAGUAUGUUCAAGCUGAUGUCAGAUUACGGCGUCCAGUUCGCCAAUUUUAUGGCGCAACUACCGCCGGAACAGAGACUGAUGAUAGAUACGAAAGACGUUUUUUCGAAGUACACCAAUGACGUCAUCGCUACCUGCGCGUUUGGCGUCAGCGUCGACUCCAUGCGGGAUCCGAAGAACCUCUUCUACGUAUACGGGAGAGAGACGACUAUUUUAGACAGCGUCUCCUCCAUUAAAUUCUACAUAUUCCGGAACCUGCCGUGGCUGGCGCGGCUAAUAAGACUGAAAUUCAUCCGCGAGCCUAUCUCCAAGUUCUUCUGCGAUCUUGUGGAAACCACUGUCAAGGUCAGGGACGAGAAGGGUAUCGUCCGGCCGGACAUGUUGCAGCUGAUGAUGGAAAGUAGAGGCAAGAAAGAGGGUGGGGAAGACUUGUCGAUCGCAGACAUGACCAGCCAGGCUUUUAGUUUCUUCUUCGGCGGCUUCGACAGCACCUCGACGUUGAUGUGUUUCGCCGCGCACGAGAUCGCGGUGAACGAGGAAGUGCAGAAGAGACUGCAGAACGAGAUCGACCAGGUACUGGAAAACACGAAUGGCGGGGCGCCGUACGAUGCGGUCAACAGAAUGGAAUAUCUGGACGCUGUGAUAAGCGAGACUCUCAGGAGGUAUCCGAUCUUCGCAGCAUUGGACAGAGUAUGCAUAAGGGAUUUCGAGUUGCCGCCAACGUUACCGGGCGCGAAGCCCUUUAUUAUGAAGGAGGGGCAAACCGUGUGGAUACCUGUUUACGGACUCCAGCAUGAUCCCAAAUACUUCGAGGAGCCCGAGAAGUUCAAUCCCGAUCGGUUUCUCGGCGAGCAGAAGAAGCACGCCCUCAGCACCGGGGCUUACCUGCCGUUCGGCUUGGGCCCCAGAAUGUGCAUAGGUAACCGAUUCGCCUCGUUGAAGACGAAAGUGCUACUCUUCCACCUGCUGGCGCGUUGCGACUUGCUACCUUGCGAGAAGACGUUGAUACCGCUUGUGUUAGCUAAGGAUGGCUUCAAUAUGACGGCUGAAGGAGGUUUUUGGCUGGAAAUCACGCCGAGAAAGAACGCGCAUCGCAGCAUCGCAGUUAACAAUGCCAACGACACGUGCGAGUUGUAGAAGAAUUCUUCAUCAUUUGUUCAAUUUUGAUUCGUCCGAAUUUUAGUAUUAAUAUUAAAUGAAAUCCGCUUUAAAUACUUGACUAACUGAGAGUACAAACGAUAUAUAAUAAACACAACAGUAAUAUUUCCUCUAAUUUAAAAAAUUCGCUCUCUCGUAUCAGAAAUUCUGUUUUAUUUAGUGAUAACAGAAAACUGUUGCGGAAUCGGAGCAGCGAAACAGUUUUAUGUACAGUUGUGUCGAUUAUUACAACUUCGUACAUUAUUGAAAUUUCAGAUAAAACAGGCAAGUUUAGAUAAGGCGGAAAAAUAAAGUCAAAAACAUGAUACGAAGGCACGUUUAUCUCUCGAUUAUCGGAGGUUAAAGUAACACGUGAUAUAGAAGACACCAUUAAUGCUGCUCUAUUCUUUAGAAUCACGUAUUAACGUUGACAAUUUUCAAUAGGUAUGUUAUUUAUGAAUAUUUGUGUACCAUUUCUACUGUUUUGGAUCAUCCUUACCGAUUUAUCGAAUCUAUCAUGUUAUGAUAUGCGAAUAUUAGUACGUAAUAUUUCUCAUCGGAAAUGUUCGACACGCCUGGAAAAUAAGACAGCAUUAAUGGAGUCUAUUGUACAUUCUUUAUUAAUAUAUCUUAGCGAUUAUAUUCGACAUGAUAACUGUAUUUACUUGUGAUCCUUUUGAUAAUUAUAUGCGUAUCUUAAUUCCUGAUAAGUCCGACUGUUCGUCUUAGACCGUUCGAAAUACGACACCUCGCGUUGGAAAUAAAACAACUUCUCGCCAAAGUAUGAUUAUCUUCUAUUGUUAAGGGAACACACAGGAAAGAAAAGUGACCAGGCGAAAGAGUUGAAAGAAUCGCGCUCCAUUUUUAUUUACAAUUCCUGAUCGGAAACACGAGUGUCAGACCACUGAGUUUUCGAUCACAACAUCGUUUGUUUUGUUUUCUUUUUCUUAUUUGAGCUAUUGUAGAACCUCUUCGGAAUCGGUCUAUCGUCGAAACGAAAACGGUAGCAAGUUUCUUGAUCAAGAUCCGAGACUUUUCCGUUUGUGUCAUUGCGACUGGAUUUUUCACAAGAUGUCGAGAGUCAUUCACGUAUUCUGCGUGUUACAAAUAUAUCCAUAAUGGAAUAAGAAGCAAAGGAAAUGUAAAAUAAUUCUGAUCGGAAUUUUUUCCGAACGGUUCCACAGUAGAUUAGAGGGCUUUGUAUCGUUGGACUGACGUCUAAAAAUAUAAUAGAAUUGUAUUAUAAAAUAAAGUUUUUAUAAUAAAAUAGGAAAAUUACCUCGUCUCACUGGCUUUGCAUAUAAUAUAUGUGUGUGUGUAUGUGUGUGUGUGUGUGUGUAUAUCCGUAUUAAAAUAUAUAAAAAUGAUAAAAUCUAUUCUGUGUUACACGGAAAGAUUUCGACGUUGUUGACUGUAGCUAACGAUUGUAACGACAGAUUUUUCAAUUAAUGUCUCUUCGAUCUGGAUUUUAGUUAUUAUUAUUUUAUCUCGUUUCUACUAAUUAAACAUGUUUACUUACACAUUUUUACAGAUAAUAUUAGGUAGUAAAGAUAUUUUUAAAAUUUUAGUAUUCCCGAAAAGUCUA